AUGGCAGCACCAGUGACGCAAGUCUCAGUUCCAACUGCUGAUGUUGUUGGUAAUGCUUUCGCUCAUCAGUACUACCAUAUCUUGCACCAAUCCCCAGAGCUUGUUCACCGAUUCUACCAGGAUUGUAGUAAGUUUGGACGUCCUGGAGAGCAUGGGGUCAUGAGUACCACAACCACCAUGAAUGCUAUUAAUGAGAAGAUACUUUCACUCGGGUAUGGUCAAGUCAGGGCAGAAAUUGUUACGGUUGAUUCACAAGAAUCUUACAAUGGAGGAGUUCUCGUCCUUGUGACUGGGUAUUUGAAUGGAAAUGACAAUUUGCGACAAAAAUUUACUCAGAGUUUCUUCCUGGCUCCUCAAGACAAAGGCUAUUUUGUGUUGAAUGAUGUGUUUCGAUAUGUUGAUGACACCCGACCUCAGAAUGGAAAUCAAGAACCUGCUGACAAUUUUGAAGCUUCACUUGCUUCUGACCAGGAUGCUCCCAAUCAGGAAAAUCACAUUUCUGAGCCAAUAGUUGCUUUGUCUGAGGAAGUCGCUGGGGAGGUGUACAAUCCCUCUGAAAUUGAGGAUGGUUCAGUUGAGGAAGAGGAAGAGGAAGAACCAGUGCCUGAGGUUGUUGAUGAAGUUCCUCUUGAGUCCCAGGUGGUGGCUGACUCCCCAGUUGUGGCCGAGUCUGUUGCUAAGAUUGAAGAAGUUCCAAAGAAGUCAUAUGCCUCCAUCGUGAAGGUUCUGAAGGAGAACGCUACACCUUUCUCAAGCCCUACCCCUACUCCUCUGAGGUAUGCACCAAAAAUCCAAGAACAAGCGGCUGCUGCAGUGUCUCAACCCCCAGCAGUCGAGGCACAUGUCUCCAUCUCUAAUACUAUCGAAAAUGGGAAUACCCAAGAGAGUGAAGAGGGUCCUUCUAUCUACGUGAAAGGUCUGCCUCUGGAUGCCACACCUUCCUUGCUCGAAAAUGAGUUCAAGAAGUUUGGACCUAUUAGGAAUAAUGGUAUUCAAGUUAGAUUCCAAAAGGGAUUUUGUUUUGGCUUUGUGGAGUUUGAAGUGGCAAGUGCUGUGCAAAGUGCAUUAGAGGUUUCCAUCUACUUUGCUAUGCUAUUGCUUGUGCUCUGGAACAAUAGGGGACGGUUUUCAUCUGGAUCGGGGGCUGGAUAUAGAAACGAAGGAAUGAGAGGACGUAAUAAUCUGGUGGGAGGAAAAGCUUAUCCCAGGGGUGAUUUUGGUAACAAGGCAGAGUUUGGAAACAGAGGCAGCAAUCGUGGUGGUGGAUAUUCAAACCGUGGAGGUGAUGGAUAUCGGAGGGCUGAUAAGAUGGGGAACAAUGGUGGUCGGGCAAACCGUGCUGGUGGUUUAGGUCUUAAUGGCACAGCCAAGACUACAACGCCAAGAGUAUCUGCUACUGCUUGA